CCAAAAGGCUCCAUUAAGUGUAGCUUCAGAGCACACGAAACAGCACUGUAGCACACACAGUAAGCUGUCUCUUUCUUCUGCAGGAUCUCAUUCCUUCCUCACAUAGCCCUUCUAGAGCGAAACUACUUCAAGCAACUUUUUUCUUUCCUUGAAAUUUUCUAUCAACAUCCACUGCCAUGGCCCCAACAGGAAAGGGUAAAAGGUAUCGUGGUGCAGUCAGAGAUUAUCCAAACUUCAAUGCAAGUCAAGAUGCAGAGGCCCUGCAUAAAGCCAUGAAGGGAAUAGGCAGUGAUAAGGAAGCAAUUCUGGAGCUGAUUGCAUCCCGAAGUAACAUCCAGCGACAGGAGAUCUGCACAGUAUACAAGUCCCUCUAUGGGAAGGACUUAAUUGAUCACCUGAAGUAUGAGCUGACAGGGAAAUUUGAACGGUUAAUUGUUGGACUGUUGAGGCCUCCAGCCUACUUUGAUGCCAAAGAAAUUAAAGAUGCUGUUGACGGGAUUGGUACAGAUGAAAAAUGCAUUAUUGAGAUCUUAGCAUCAAGAAACAACAAGCAAAUCCAUGAAUUAGUAAAUGCCUAUAGUGAUGCCUAUGGAAGGGAUCUGGAAGCUGAUAUCAUUGGAGACACUUCAGGCCAUUUUAAGAAAAUGCUUAUUGUGUUACUUCAGGGGGCUCGAGAAGAAGAUGAUGUUGUAAGUGAAGAUCUAGUUGAACAGGAUGCAAAAGACCUAUAUGAAGCUGGAGAAGUAAAGUGGGGUACUGAUGAAGCUAAGUUCAUUACUAUACUGGGAAGCAGAUCUGCCUGCCAUCUUCAGCGAGUCUUUGAAGAAUAUGCAAAGAUUGCUGGGAAGGACAUUGAAGACAGUAUCAAAGGAGAACUCUCUGGAGACUUUGAAAAGCUAAUGCUGGCUGUGGUGAGAUGUAUCAAGAACUUACACACAUACUUUGCAGUGAGACUAUACAAGUCAAUGAAGGGUAUGGGCACUGCUGAUAAUACCUUAAUCAGGAUUAUGGUUUCUCGCAGUGAAAUAGACAUGUUGGACAUUCGGGAAGAAUUCAGAUCCUUAUAUGAGAAGUCCCUCCACAGCAUGAUCAAGAGUGACACUUCUGGAGAAUACAAGAGGGCCCUCCUGAAGCUCUGUGGUGGAGAUGAUGAUGCAGCCGGAGAGUUUUUCCCAGAAGCUGCUCAACAGGCCUAUAAGAUGUGGGAACUUAGCGCAAUGGCCACAAUUGAGCCCAAGGGAACUGUGCAUCCAGCAUCUGAUUUUGAUCCUGUCAAAGACUGUGAAGCAUUGCGUAAAGCCAUGAAGGGAUUUGGAACUGAUGAAGGCCCCAUCAUAGAUAUUAUCACACAGCGAUCUAAUGCCCAGAGACAACAGAUAUACAAAACGUUCAAAUCCCACUUUGGAAGGGAUUUGAUGGCUGAUUUGAAGUCUGAGAUCUCGGGCAAUUUGGCUCGAUUGAUUCUAGGACUCAUGAUGACACCAGCAGAUUAUGAUGCCAAGCAACUAAACAAAGCAAUGGCGGGUGCAGGCACAGAUGAGAAAGUUCUGAUAGAAAUUUUGACCACCAGGACCAACAAGGAGAUACAUGCUAUAAAUGCAGCUUAUAAAGCAGCCUAUCACAAGUCACUUGAAGACCACAUCAAGUCUGAUACAUCUGGCCACUUUAGAAAGAUUUUGGUCUCUCUUUCACAGGGAAAUCGUGAAGAUGGGGAUGCUGAUGCAGAAAGAGCCAAAGAAGAUGCCCGGAUUGCCUGUAAGACUCUGGAGAUGUGUGAUGCAAGUGAUGCUGAUGCCGGUUCCAAGGAAACCCGGUUCCUGAGUGUCCUGUGUACAAGGAGCUAUCCUCAUCUUAAACGAGUCUUUCAGGAGUACAUAAAGAUGACAAACCAUGAUAUUGAACAAAUAAUUAAAGAAGAAAUGUCUGGUGAUGUAAAGGAUGCACUUCUCGCUCUCGUCCGAAGUAUCAAGAACAAGCCUGGCUUCUUUGCUGACAGACUGUAUAAAUCAAUGAAGGGUGCAGGCACGGAUGAUAGGGGGUUGACACGGAUUAUGAUUUCCCGAAGUGAAAUUGACCUGUUGAACAUCAGAUAUGAGUUUAAAGAAAUGCAUGGUAAAUCCCUUCAUCACUAUAUUGAGUUCAACAUGCAGGCGGAGACCUCUGGAGACUACAGGAAUGCAUUACUCUCAAUCUGUGGUGGAGAUGACUAAUGCUAUUUCUGGACCACCUUCAUUUUUAUGUCUGACAUGAUGUACUGUGCAUAAUAUUUGUUACAUAGUGAAAAAUGUUUUGUUCUUGAAAGAACUACACAAGGCAAUG